UUUUCCUCUCCACCGUUCGUUGUUCUCGCGACGGCCAGUGCGCGCCGCGGUUCCUCCAGACGACUCUUCGUCUCGCGAUCGCGGUCCGGUCGUCGUCGUCGUCGUCAUCGUCGUCGACGUCGUGCUUAUCGGAGAAAGUGCGGAGAACGUUCGCAAUUCCGUGGAGGAAAUACGCCGCUGCAUCUACGAUAAGAAGGAUACGCUUGACGGAGAGAACAUGUUUCGUACCAGUCGCAACGCGAACCGGUUGCGCGUGCUUAAAAUAGUUACCCGUGCAUAGGUUACCGCUCUACCCACCGCUCGCUCGUUGGAAUACGUCGCAGGACUGUUAGAACACGAUGACGAGUUGGAGCAGGACGCUAAUCGUGGGUAUCAUUGGAAUCUUACUUCUGGCGGCAACCACGAAGUACUCCGAGGCCUGCAACGAAGCGAUCUGCGCGUGUAUGCUUACGCAAAGUUGCAAGUGUGAUCUUGUUACCUGUACCUGCUGCAAGGAAUGCUUCUCCUGCCUUAGCUACCUCUACGACGAAUGCUGCUCGUGCGUAGAUCUCUGUCCGAAGCCGAACAUCACCGACAAUCCGUUGAGCAAAAAGUCUCACGUGGAGGAUUUUAGCGAACCUGUGCCAUGUCUGUUUCAAGCGUUAACAGCUGAACCGGAUCCGCACGAACGCUGGCUUACAUUCACGUUUCCGGUAGACCUGGACAUGUCCCUCUUCACGCCCAAGCACGAGAAGGAGAUUAAAUAUCACAUGCAGACCGCCGAGGAGGAAGUGCACCCGCUGAAACCGAACGUGAAGACGGUGAACUGCACCGUUGCGUUUAUGGCGCAGUGUAACUCUUGGAACAAGUGUCGGGCGUCUUGCAAAAGCAUGGGUGCUACGAGUUACAGAUGGUUCCACGAUGGUUGCUGCGAGUGUAUAGGAGACACCUGUAUCAAUUACGGAAUCAACGAGUCCAGAUGUAUACACUGUCCGUUGGACAAAGAAGAGGACGAUUUGAAGGAUCAGUACGACGACUACGGUCAGGACGAGGACGAUUUGGCGGAGGACGAGAUCGAUUAACGUCCCACGUUUUCUCCUCUUCGAUGUCCUUUUCGAUGCCGUAUUUCAAGAGUUGUGUCGACGAUGCAUUCCCGGUGACGAUAUUUCUCGCGAAUCGAACUGCGAAUAAUCACGUCGCUUGUACUCUUUGCUCUUCGUGAAAUUCGUGAGAUUCG